AUGGAAGAUUUUUUGGAUAAAAUUAAAAAGAAACUUUCAGUGGACAACAUCCUGGAUCUUAUGAAGGAUGGAAAGUUGAAAGAAGAGAUAAAGCAAACAUUGACCGCUAAAAUGAAUCUUAAUGAAAAGCCACGAUUUGGUGAAGGGAAAUCUUCAGAAGAUUCUAGUAACUUGGACCCUAAUUCUAUUGAAAUUGUACAACCAACUGUGACACCAGAACAAAGUAAGCCCGUUGUAGGGGAGCAACUAAACGAUAAGACCGAAAGUAACAAAAACAAUUUUAAUGUCCUGCAAAAGCCUAAUAUUCAAUCUAAAAAUGAAAAUACGGAAUCUUUAAAAAAGUCAGAAGAAAUAUCAUUUUACGACUAA